AUGACAAGAAUUUGUCAAGGAAACGAAAAAAAUGAACUGAUCGAGUGUAACGGCGAAUUUUGUGGCGAAUACAUGAGUAAAAGAAACUACGUCAAUUUUAAGUGCUUCAGGGUACGCAAUUACAGGCAUGAUGGAGAACUUCUGAAGGGUGUCGACAUCGAAUGCCACCCGAAUCGAGAGGUAUAUGCGCCAUUUGAUGGCGAUAUGUAUUUUUGGCGGCCGUACGGCAAUCACGAGAAUUAUCAGUGCGCCGAUGAAGGCGCUCGAAUCGAAGGGAUUGGACAGUGGCAAGGCAAAUUUGCUUGUACUCGCUACUACGUUCUGAUUGCAUCAGUGCAGCUCGAUUUUUUCGGUGGGCGAGUUGAAAAAGGACAGCGAAUUGGUGUUGCUAAGGAUCACCGUUGCGCAUAUACGGACGAUGAUGGAGAACCGUAUGUCAGGUUGCAGCUCUUCAGGCAGGGAAGACCGAUCGAUCCAACUUACCAUCUUCGCGACUGUAUGUGCACUGGGCAAAUUUGCGAAUCAAACCCCAAAAAUGAAUUGUUGGGAAAACCAUUCAAACAUGACAGUCGUUACAACGGGGUUCGUGGAUGGGAUAUAAAAUGUCCGAAAAUACAGGAUAAAAAUGACGAAGAGGAAUCGCGUGUUCCUGACAUCUAUUCACCGAUCGAUGCCGAGGUGAUCGGCAGAAGUCGCCUCUAUGCAAUUCAAGGCGUCUACACAGGAUGUGAUAACAACGGUGUUGUCCUUGUCGGAACCGGCGCUUGGUCUGAUUAUGAGGUGGUGCUGUACAACGUGCGUUAUCGGGAUCGAUUGCUUGGGCGACAGCACGUUGUACAAGGUGAACCAAUUGCCACCCGACUGAACUGCGAAGAUUCUCCAGAUUCUGUUUUCAUGGAAGUUCGCUAUCGAGGAGUGGUUGUGGAUAUAAGCGACAUGAUCUCAGCUAAAACGUGUCGUAUGCCUGAAUUUCCACCCAAAUAA